CUUGAUAUCAUAACUCACAACAGUACAUAGAUACAGUUUGUAAAAGAAUAGUCAUGUCACAUGACACAGUGCCACCAAUGCCACGAUCUGUUUACGGUUUACAUGGGUAACGGUUUCCAAUAGCGUGUCCGAUAUGCCGCAAAGAGUUACUCCCAAAGACGACACCAGUCUAAAAACAACUCGCUCAUUUUAAAAUCUUUGCGUCAACUCGACAUUUUGUUGUGAACAGCUAAUAUCAACAUGGCGUCAAGAUUUGCAGAUGAUGAACAAACGUCGAUGACAGGGGAUGACGGGGUAUCCUGCCCCCUAUGUUUUGAGGUGUAUUCGGACCCCAGGACCCUGCCCUGUGGACAUACGUAUUGCCUACGGUGUUUGCAGGACCACAUUUGUGCCUGUACCAGUGGUGGCAACACCGCCAAAUGUCCCCUCUGCAUGGGUACCAUCCAAAUCCCAGACCAGACACAACCGAAAAUCUCGUGGGCCACACAGUUCCCUCGUGUUGUGGCACUGGUGGAUGCCAUAGAUCAAGUGAAGAGUUUGAAACGAUGUGAUGCCUCCUCUGCACACCCCCACACACAGGCCCUGGAAUCUGUAUGUAAAACACUGAAGUCAGUCUGCAGAAUUCUGGAGAACGACAUCAAGACUGAAAUGGAAAGAUUACAAAAUGGUGUGAAAGUCAGCGCGGCAGAGGCAUUCACAGAGAUCGACCAGAGAGGGGAAGAAAUAGUUAAAGUCGUCAAAGCGGAGCAAGAAAGGCUGAAGAAACUUUUAGAAAGUUCUAUUGUAACUACUAACAAUGACAUUGACACAAUAUUCACUAAAGAUAAACAUUUAUUAAAUAAAGCACAAGAAAACUUAAAACUGGGCGAAAACCUCAUAAAAUCAGGGUCAGAUUCUGACAUCAAAACAAAUAUUUCUAAAUUACAAAAAUUAGCGUUAGAAAUUUCUCAAACAAAUCCUAAAACUGAAAUUCCCGAGUUGAAAGUUACUUUGACCGACUUGAAAAAGAAAAACACUGAAACUUUUUCUGUUGACAUUGGAGAAAUAUUACAACCCGACAUAAAAUCUCUGAUUGAAACACAGAGAACAAAACUAAUCAGGCAGACAGACAGACUGACACUGGCAGACACACGGACAGACAGACUGACACUGACAGACACCCGGACAGACAGGCAGACAAACAAACUGACACUGACAGACACCAGGACAGACACCAGAACAGACAGACUGACACUGGCAGACACACGGACAGACAGUCAACCAGGCGGCCUUGCUAGGUCACGUGACCAGCAGGUUGUUGUCGCCCUGGCAUAUAAACGUCAAAUAUUAUAUCUGGAUAUACAAGAUGAUAUCCGCCUAACAAACACACUGAACACUGGGAAACAGUACGAAUACAUAUCAGUGUUGCCUAGCAACCAUCUGGCAGUCAGUGAGUGGGGGUUAAGUGGGUGUGUAGACAUUCUGGAUGAGAGGGGUCGUGUCAUUCAGUCUCUCCCCCGCGACUUGAUCCCCCGCCCCUCGUGUCUGACAGUGAAAGGCGACUCUCUGGUGGUUGUAUCAGAGGACAACAGUUUGAAAUGUGUGACGUCAUCAGGACAUGUCACAUGGCAGUCACGUUAUUCAGCAAGGCUACGUGAUCUACGUGGUGUCUCGUGUGACAUGGAAGAGUUUGUUUAUGUUUGUGCUGUUCAGAGAAAUUGUAUUGUCCAGUUGUCACGUGAUGGAGAGGUCAUCCGUGACGUCAUCACGGACCAGGAUGGAUUGUCUGGACCUCGGUUUGUCUGUUGUGAUCAGGAUAAUCUUUAUGUCACUGAGAAAGAUGGACACGUUAAAAUAUUUACAUGGAGCAAAGCUAACCCGUGA